AUGCGGAUGACGACGCAGCUCCCCGCUGCGCCUCCCGCCUCUGAGGCCGCGGCCGCAACUCACAAAGAGGCGUCCAAGCUCAGAGCGCGAGACCGACAGGAUUUACAAGGCGAGGAAGGCCGUGAGGAAGCAGAGAUAACUCCGGACGAAACUCAAACACACGCUGAUGAAGGAGGUGGCCGUGAAGGGGUCCGACGGGCUUUCAGGGAGGAACCCCCAGGGGAAAGCUAUGGGGGGAUGACGAGCGACGAGGAUGCAGAGGAGGACUGCUUCUUCGGAACGAGCUUUUAUGUCCUUCCUCCCUCUCUGCAUGCGUCGUAUCUCUGCCGGGACUUGGACUGCAUGUCAUUUGCGCGCGGCGGAAGGAGGGGCGAAGGCGCGCGGCGAGCCCCGCCCGCCCAGAAGGAAGCGGCGACGGAGGCACCGCAGAGGCCGACUGCCCGCGUACCACAGAAAAUGUGCUCGCACUCGUCAGCAAAAGCUCAUCACAAGUGUGCAGAUGCGCUCGCGAGCGUGGACAGCGAUAUUGCAGAGGCUGCAGCCUCGGUUGCGAGCUUUGCUGCACUUCUUCAGUCCGCUCCCGCCUCGCUGGGCGGUGACUCCCAGGUUCGCGACUCCUACGCUUCCUCGUCUGCCAAUGGCGUGGCGCAUUCCGCUUCCUCCGUCUCGCCUGCCUUUGCUUCUCCACCUUCUCCUUCGUGGGCUGCGACGGCCCCGGCGGAGGCGAGUGCGCCUUUUGCACCUCGCGCGUCUGUUUCCCCCCUGGUGUCGUCGUCUGCGGCCGCUGCUGAGGAGUUUCUCAGCGCGUGUGGCCGCGCGUCCGGUUGCUCUGCCUUUUCGCCUUCGCCCAAUUCCCAUUAUCUCUUGUCGGAUGCUCCUCUGGGCCAGCUCCGCACUCGCGAGGAGAGACAACGCAUGGUGGCGCAUCUGCUUCGUCCCUCACUGCCUUCUGAGAGAGGCCGCGGCACGCGGAAGAGGUAUCGCCAGCCUUACGAGAAGGACGGCCUUCUCCGCGUGGUUUUGAACGGCUGCAUCCAGAAGCGAAUUGCCCUAGUUCUGGUUCAGGGGGGCGCCGUCGAGGGCUGUUUCGUGCGCUGCAUCGACCGACGGCAGUUCGCCCGUCGCGCGGCCCUGCCUCCGUCUUUUGUGCGCCGGCGGCUGGGGAGCGGGAGCCUCGAUGCGGGCUCCGAGUCUACGUACACUGGGGACUCAGCCGAACCCGCGGAUGGGCGCGACAGCGCCUCGGGACGGGCCUGUGCGGCUCGCUCUGCCGAGUCGAGGCGCGACGGCGCACAGGCAGGACGCCGAGGGACUAGGGGCCUUGAGGCGGCCUCCGUUUCUCGGUGGCGGCGACGCCGCGCUGUCGCGCGCAUCAUUCUAGAGGACGCAGUGCUCUACCCGCGCGCGCACCCGGCCUUCGCCGCCGCGGCUCGCAACUCGGCUGCGUCCAGCGAGUCUCAGAGUAGAGACAGAGGGGGGCCGUCUGACGGAGAGAUGGCCUUCCUUACCCGCUCCGCCAGCCCGAGCGACGGGCGGACGACCCGCGGAGGGCCGAGGGAGCAGCGGAGCUUUCCGGCGCGCGGCGACGGCGCCGCGAGGCAGGCAGCGGGUUUUGAGCGCUUCGUUGCGGUGUGCGUCAAGCCGGGAGCGAUUGCAUUCAUGUUUGGCACCGAACGCGACAGCGUGCGCGGACUAGAGUCGCGAGCGAAGAAGAAAUACGUCGACGCAGUCAAAAACAAAGUGUUUGACCGCGCUCUUAGGCUGGGGCGCCCGCGGUGGUAG